GCAGGCGCCAGCGCUGGCGCGAAGACCGUGGCCGCCACUACGGGCGUUGGCGCCGGCACCGGAAAGUCCUUGAGCGGCGAGGGCGAGGACGUGCCCCCUGAGCCCAGCUUCGACCCUGCCAACGAGGUGGGUGUGACCGAGCCCUUCGGCUACUUCGACCCUGCAGGCUUUUGCAAGAAGGGUGACAAGGCCGGCUUCCGCAACUUGCGCGCGGCCGAGAUCAAACACGGAAGAGUGGCCAUGAUGGCUGCAGUGGGUGCCGUCUUCCAGCACUACGUGAAAUUCCCCGGCUUCGAGAACGUGCCGUCCGGACUUGCAGCUGUGGAAGUGGCUCCGGGCACCUACGGCUUCGCAGCUCUCUUCGCAGUGGCUGGCCUCCUGGAGUUGGGAGCUUGGACCGAGGAUCCCUCCAAGGAGCCAGGCAACUUCGGUGACCCUGCGGGCCUGAACCAGUACACCCUGGAGAUGCGCAACCGCGAGAUCAACAAUGGCAGAUUUGCCAUGUUUGCUGCCAUCGGCAUCAUUGCCGCCAACGUUUACACGGGCAAAGAUGCAAUUGAGCAGUUCGGAGCAUGA